UUAUUAUGUCUUACACAACACCUUUAUCUGGUCAUGUUGGCCAUUUAUCUGUCAAGGAAACAGACUUAUUGAAACAAUUAUGGGCUCGUCUGUUUGAGUUAUUUAAGCAACAAGGUACAGAAUAUAAGCCUAAACAAGAACAAGAACAACCCAUUCAAACAAAGAAGAGUUGGUUUGGUAAAAAGGAAACAUCCAGGGAAACCAAGGAAUUGUUUAUUGGUACAACCACAGAUCCCUCAUGGCUCAGUUUGCCUCUUGAAAAGGCCUUGCCUUUGAUCCCUGGUGUGGAUCUUCGUGGCACGUUUUGGAAUAUGGUCGCUACCGAUAAUCCAGAUGCUGUUCUUUUGCGUUUCUUACGCGCUCGUAAAUGGGACCUAGAGGCUGCUUAUAACAUGUUGGCCAACACCUUAAGAUGGCGAUUGGUGAUGCGUAUUGAUGAUAUUGUGGCUCUGGGUGAAAGUGGUAUGCGUGAUGAACUUAAUCGACUCAAGCCCGAAUUGGGUGAUUGUUUUGUAACUCAACUGAAUUCCGGUAAAGCUUAUCUUGGUGGACCUGAUAAAGCCGGCCGUGGUAUUUGUUUCAUCAAUGUCAACUCGCAUCAUAAAGACGAUCAACCUCUUGAAGUGAUCAAACUGUUGACAAUGUACAUUAUGGAAACAUCACGUGUCGUCGUGCACCAACCUAUUGAAUCAGCUUGUAUUGUCUUCAACAUGGACGGAUUUACACUUAAAAACAUGGAUUUUGAUUUUGUGAAAUUCUUGGUCACUUGUUUCGAAGCCUAUUAUCCCGAAACGCUUGGCUCAUGUUUGAUUCACAAAGCACCUUGGGUUUUCUCUACUGUUUGGAACUUGAUCACGCCUCUUUUGGAUCCUGUUGUGGCCAGCAAGAUUCAUUUCACAAAGGAUUGCGAUGAAUUAACAAACUAUGUGAGUUUGGCUGCUUUGCCCGGUAACAUUUCUGGUGACAAAGAGAAAAAGACAUUGGAUGAAUCUGUCAAGGUGGGGCCUGUUGCUCCCGGAUCUUUAGCCAAGCCUACUACACCUGCUUAUCAAGAAUAUCAAGCCAUGAUUCAGAAAUACGAAACCGAGACAGCUGCAUGGGCCAAGACAACUACAUCGGAGGAAGAGAGCAAGGAUUAUAGUGCUCGUCAUGAAGUUGCUAGACAAUAUCGUGUUGCCCGUUUCAAGGCUGAAUUAGAUAUUCGUGGUCCUACUAGCUACCAAGCCAAGGGAUUAGUGACUAUCAACCCUGAAGGUCGCAUUAUCCUUAACUAUGGUAGCGAAGGAUUUAUUCCCUUAGAUAUUACUGAAACUGUUUAAGAUCUCUUUCUCUCUCUCUCUUUUGGAAAAGGAAUGUACAGUUUUCAUACCCUCUUCUACUUUUAUUAAUAUAAAAUAUACUUAAUA